UCCCAUCCCAUUCAGCAGCACGAUAACCUCCUAAAAAUGCCUUCUAACCAUCCAUCACACUCAAACCCAAGAUGCAAUUCAUAUAGCUGCAGCUCAAUUAAUGAUAAGGGGGCCGAUAAGGUAUCUGGGUGUUAUCUAAGAGACGGUCAUAAAGAGCGAGGUGGGGAGGAGGAGUGCGCACGCCCCCACACACUCCGCCAUAUUGGAUCCCAGCGUUGCACACGGCACUCAAGGUGAAUGUUUGGUGUGGUAUGGGCGACAGUCGGGGGAGAGGAGAGGAGUCGAGAAGGUGAGCGCCACCCACAGCUCUGUUUCAGCACCCGCAUCGCACGUCACGUCGCCGGCCCCACCGCGUCCUGCCCUCAUUGCCACAACCGCCUUCGCCGCCACACCUGCCUUCCACACCUUCACGGCGCAUCUCAAGCAAGUGCGGUGUUCGCAUUUGGUCCUCCGUCGUCCGAUGGCGUUCGUAGCCAUGCUGCUGGGGCUACUGAUUUUCGUCCCGACGGUGUUAACCUGCCCUGCCCCGGGCGUCAGUGACCAGGAGAUUCUUAAGGACAAUCCCCAUCUCCGCGAGCUGUUCGCGCGUUACUCUGAGGGUGCGGGCGUCAUCACGCCAGAGGGGCUGCAGAAGCUCUUAAAAAGUUUGGGCGUUGAUGUGGACCCGCACCCCCACGAACACCACGCAGGCGACGACCACGUUACUCAUGAUCACCACCCGCAGGACCACAAGUGCGGUACCCACCUUGGUGACGACCACGCUCACUCCGGCGACGACCCCAAACACGCUGCUGUGGAUAACAAGGACGCGUGGAACGACCACGGACGGAGCAACCACCUCGGGGACGACCACAGCAACUCUAAGGAUCACGCUGAACACGACGACGGCAAUCACCACGCCCAUCACAACGAAAGGCCUUACCCAAUCAACAGCAACCGCCGAAACGACCGCCAGAGGAGAGAUGCACUCCUCACCACGCUCAGUCCUCCGCUUCACGGUGGUGCCCAUCUCCACGACACCCACGACCACCACGAGGACGAGUUGAUAAGGGGCGGCGAAGGUGAUCAAGAACACACUGCGCAUAAACCCAAUACCACUGAAGUCAGCAGAAACGCCGCGCCGGGCCUACCCACCUCUACCAUCAUAUCACAAGCAACGCUACAGAAACCAGCCAAGUGUGAGGGGGUUGCUGAUAUAUUAGCUGGGUCGGCAAUAUCAGUUGGUGAUUCAGUAACAGCACGUGGGUUCCUGUCUCUGUGCCCAGGCCUGGUGAACUACAUGGACACUUGUUCCACGGCGAGGCACCAGGAUGACCCCCACGAUCAUGGAGGGCACAGUCAUUCACACACGCACCGUAUGUUUAACAGCGACAAUGGGAAGUUUACUACAGAAAGUUGGGUCGGUGCUGUAACGAGCAUGAUUGUUAUUGGCGUUGUAGGGCUGGCCUGCACCAUGCUGAUCCCUGCAUUGAAACGUGGCCAGCAUUAUGACCGAGUCAAUCGGUUCCUGAUGGCCCUGGCUGUGGGAACGUUAGCAGGAGAUGCCAUUAUCCAUCUCUUUCCUCAUGCAUUAAGCAUGGACAUUCCAGCAGGUGUCAAUGUCCAUGUACUGCAUGCAUUUUAUGGCUACACUGCACUUGGUGGAAUAAUUUUAUUCCUUUUCUUGGAACGCUUCCACAAUAUCUUUUGUGGAAAUGGCCAUGCUCAUGGACAUAGCCAUGAACUUGCAGUUGACCUCACAAAGAGUAAGGAAGAUAUAGAUAAAGAAACGGUUGGGACAGCAACGACUACAGAGGAUACUGGGAGUCAGAAUAUUGACAAGAUAGGUGAAAAACUGUCUAAACAUUCCAAGCAUAAUUCCUUCAUAUAUGCUGAAAGCACCAUGACACUGGAUGCUCAGAACUGUUUUGAAGGCUGUAGCUCCGGCCCAGGUAGUGAUGCGAAUGGUAACACUAACAACGGCUUAGAGAGACCCAGGUUUGGAGAAGAGGAGGUGCCACCAUCCAUGCCUGAAGAGACGGAAGUUACGUGCAUCGAGAAGUCUAUGGAAAAGGAAAAGUUGGCAUCUAAUGCAGCAGAGAGAGAGAGAUUAGUUACCACUCCUGCAGAAAAAUCAGAAAUGGGCGGGGAACUGUCUCUUAUACUAAAUACACCUACCUCUACCCGCCCCAAAGUUUUAAGGCAAAACAGCAGCAACUUUAACAUGGUCCUGCAGGAGUAUCAUGUUGGUCACCAUGGUCAUUCUCAUCACGGACACUCUCACGUUACAGGUCGUAAGGAUUCUCUUCGAGCCAUGAUAUUGGUAGGUGAUGCUCUGCACACAUUUUUGGAUGGCAUGGCUAUUGGAGCUGCCUAUGGAACUAGUGUAACAGGCGGAGUAGCAACUUCUAUUGCUGUCUUGUGCCAUGAGCUUCCACAUAAAGUUGGAGAUUUUGCCUUGCUAUUUGAGAUGGGUAUGGAUCAGAUACAGGCUGUGAAGAUGAUGGCGAUGCUGUGGGUCUUCAGCUUAGCCGGAGUUAUCAUGGGAGUUCUCUUGGGUUCCAUUCCCACGGCUUCACCUUGGAUUUAUUCCUUCACCGCCGGAGUCUUCAUUUACUUAGCCUUAGUAGAUCUGUUGCCAGAGCUCUCUGUGAAUCGUGGUGAGGAAUUUGGAGUAGCUGGCCAGUUGUUAAUUCAAGGCCUUGGGAUGUUUGCUGGUGCUACCAUCAUGCUCUUCAUUGCCAUCUAUGAACAUGACUUGGAAGAUCUUCUCAAGAGUUCGUUUUAGUGGAAUUAUAAUCUGUGACGUGCAGAAAUGUGGUGAUUAUGUGCACGCUUCUGCAUUUAUAUACGAUAAUCGAUGGAAAGAUUUUGUAGUGGAUUGAAUUUUAGUAGAUUGUGAUGGCUUGUACUUUACAGUGAGCAUUACUGGAAUCCUCCAAUAUGAGGCCACUAUUUUCUAUAGGAGAAAUUAUUAUCUCCUGUAAAACUGCUCAUAGAAAAAGGUUUACAUAGUGUGACGCUACUCCUUUUUAGAUGAGAUGGGUUUACCGGUUGUAAGACCCAAAACGUUAGGAACAGCUGGACGUAAGGAAACUUCCUUGAUACACUGGCAACUAACAUUCCAAUGAACUACCCGUUAGAAAGAAAUUUGAUCUCUGCAAAACUUUUCAGUACUGAAGAUGUACCUGUGCAUAGUUCUGAAUUUUACAUUCUUGAAAGUAUACUCAGCUGUUCAUCAAACGGGCAAUGUGAAUGACACACUGAUAUUAAGACAUUCAAGAGAAUUACUUAAUUGUAGUGCAAUAACUAGGCUUUACAGAGUAAAUUUGAUUUCAUGUUAUAUAAACAAAUAAUGAUAAAAAUACUGUAUAUCUAGUAAAUCUGCACACCAGCAGUUAACUAAAACAUUUUGAUUUCUAUCAAUAUAAGUAGUAGAGGUAUUUUCAGCUGCAUUACGUAAUAUAAAUAUGAAACAAAUGUCCCGUCACAGCUUAUUCCUCACCCAGAACCGGGAGAACAAAGACCACCGUAGGAACUUACCCGCACCAUAAACAUGAGAUAGAUAUGUUGUUAUUUUAAGGUAAGCUUUUAUUUUGACUUGAGCUGGUGUACUUUGAUCAAGUAAAUAACAAUGUAGAACGUGAUGCAUAGUGACUUUACAAUGCUUGAGGGUUUCUCAAAGGGUCUAGUUUUAGGAAAUGAAACAACUCUUCGAGUGUGUCUUGCCACUUAGUUAUAUGUACUGAAAUUUGUAUUUUUUUGUGUGCGUUAUAUUACUUUAUCAUCAAAUAAUAAUAAUAACAAAAAGCACACAGCUAUGUAUAUAGCUAUAUAAACAGCAAUUUAUAUAGCUCUAUCAUAUAAUUUGGUGUUUGUUCGUGUUUGAGAAAUAUCUCGCAAAUAUCUUACAAAUAAAAUAUUAGUAUUAUUAUUAUAUUAUUUGGGAAAACAAAUAUAUAUGUAUAAGUUCGUGUUGGAAGUGAGCAUAUUCUUUCAGUUUUUAUUUACAAUGAUUAUCAUAUGUUCUUGAUGAGUAAUACAUUACGGUCAGUAUUUUUUAGAAAUCACUUGCAGUCUAAAUUAGCGAUUUUGUUUAAAUAAUUCAACAAUCAUUCUAUUUAUUUAAAAAAAAUUGUUUAAUAAAACAAAAAAGUGUGAUUUUAUGGGUGCUAAUUUUAUAUUUGAACGUGCUUGAUUAUUUAAAUAAGUAGAAGUAUAAAUGGAAACUGUCAAAUAUAAAUCAUUUGCUGUUUGUCACAUUAAGAAUUAGAUUAUAGAAACGAAGUGGAAAUAUAUAUAUUUGCAAUAUAUAUUUCCAGUCCUUUGGCAUGCUAUGAAAAGGAAGUCUUCAUGCACCCUUCAGCCAACACUCAACUUGGUAGGACGAGAAUUAUCAGUUAGGACAGUUGAUGAACCUCGUCCUUCCAUGUUCGUCUGAUAUUCUUCCACAUGAGCUACAACGCUGGAGAGACACAGGGCUCUGGUAACCAGAUUAGGAUUUCGGGGCUUUUGUCUUGGUGAUCAGAGGUAAAAUAUUUCAAAACCGUUUCAUUUUACUUAGAUAUUAUCAAAUGUAUACUAUAGUGCAGGUAUCAAGAGAUGUAAUAAUUUAUACUCGCAAUAAAUGUGAUGAUCGGAUACGUAAUUUAAAAAAAAAGAGGGUAAAAUCAGUAAUAUUUAAUUAAACGUAGUAUUUCAGGCCAGGAAGAGCAUUUUAAUUAAAAAGUGUCAAAUCAUGUAAUAACCACUAGGAAAGAACUGCAUUGUGAUAUUUUCGUUAUUGGUCCACAGUGUAUUUCCUGCUUUUGCAUUGGCCUUGUUCUGCUGUCAUGUGAAGUUUUUGUGUAUGCGGGCUGAGGUAAUCCGUGUCUUAUUUUUUUUGUGCAUUCUUUUUCUCAUAGCCUUAAGGUGUUAUGAGCUUCACCUCUGUGAUAGUCAAGCUGUCUUUAAGAACAACCGGGUGUGAUGUACAUGUAAAAUUGCCAAGCUGGUAAUUGGCUGAAAUAUUUGAGGAAAAUUACAUUUGUGGUAAUAAAUAAAUAAAUAUAUUAUAUAUAUAUAUAUAUAUAUA